CAGGACAGGGAGGCAGCAGAAGGGUCCCUGCCAGCCCCACCAGCACCCGGCACCAGCUCUCACCUGCAGCAGGCAAACUAUGAGGACGAGCUCUUUGCUCCUGCAGCGUCUUCACCUUUGAUGGAAAACCUUCAGCCACCUCCCCAAGGGACCAUGGAGGAGCAGUACAUUUCCAAACUUCACCCAGUAGUGGAUUAUGGAGCUGGGGUCUUUCUUCUCAUCAUAGCCAUCCUGACAAUCCUUGGGAAUUCAGCCGUCCUUGCCACGGCUGUGAGACGCUCGUCCCUGCUGAAGCCACCGGAGCUGCUCACAGUGAACCUGGCGGUGGCAGACAUCGGCAUGGCGCUCAGCAUGUACCCCCUGGCCAUUGCCUCUGCCUGGAGCCACGCCUGGCUGGGGGGAGACACCUCCUGUGUCUACUAUGCCCUGAUGGGUUUCCUCUUUGGGGUCUGCAGCAUGAUGACCCUGUGUGCCAUGGCCGUGAUUCGAUUCCUCGUCACCAACUCAUCCAAAUCCAACAGUAACAAAAUCACCAAGAGCACUGUCUGCAUCCUGAUUGCUUUUAUCUGGCUCUACUCCUUGCUCUGGGCCAUCCUGCCCUUGGUGGGCUGGGGCUACUAUGGCCCUGAGCCCUUUGGCAUCUCCUGUACCAUAGCCUGGAGCAAAUUCCACAACUCCUCCAAUGGUUUCUCCUUCAUCCUGAGCAUGUUCCUCCUGUGCACGGUGCUGCCUGCGCUGACCAUCGUGGCCUGUUACCUGGGGAUUGCCUGGAAGGUUCAUAAAGCAUACCAAGAGAUCCAGAAUAUUGACAGGAUCCCCAACGCAGCCACACUGGAGAAGAAGCUGACCCUGAUGGCCGUGCUCAUCUCCGUGGGAUUCCUGAGCUCUUGGACUCCCUAUGCAGCCACCAGCUUCUGGUCCAUCUUUAACUCCAGCGACUCCCUGCAGCCCGUGGUGACGCUGCUGCCCUGCCUGUUUGCCAAGUCCUCCACGGCCUACAACCCCUUCAUCUACUAUGUCUUCAGCAAGACGUUCCGCUGCGAGGUGAGGAAGCUGCAGUGCUGCUGUGCCUGGAGGAUUCCCUACUUCAGCUCUGACAACUCCAUGGAGAAUGCCGUGUCCACCAUGUGGAGCGGGAGGGACAACGUCCGUCUGUCUGCGGCGCCGAGGGUGCAGAACCCGGCGGCUGCAGCUCCCUGAAGAGCAGCAGUGGGGUCAGCCUGGCCUCACCCCCAGGGAUGCAGCAAAUGAGGUUGUCACUGCCUAUCUCAUGUCAAUGCAGAAGUUUAAGUAUAUAUUUUUAAGCAGCUCUCAAAUAUUGUCUGUAAGCCUCAUACAAAAAAACAAAAUUAAAAAAAUCUAUUUUUUCCCCAAGAAAUUCCAUUUUAGGGGAAAUAGAUUUAUGUACCAAACAUAAAAUCAUGUAAAUUAAACUUAUUUUCAGGUAAAAAGAGAAUUAUUAUUUUUGUUGAUUUUUUUUCUAUACUUUUGAUUUUAUUUAAUGCAAUCUAUCUGCCAACUGUUGGCCCUAGCAGUAAAACAGCCAUCAGAGAAAACCAUAGGUUGCACACAGUGUUACCAAAUAAACACAGCUGAGUGUGUAGUUUUCCAGCAAUUCAGACUGAAAACUAUAUGGGGAGCAAGAAAUGUUCACUGCCAGGAAAAGGUGGGAAUGUGGCUGCUCCCAAAAUGAUACAGAGAGCUCAGGUUCCAUAGAGAUCUCUGGUUCCUUGUUCUCUCAGAGGUGCAGCUCCAACUCUCCAAGCACAAGUCCAAGGAGCUGAGCAGCCUUGGCUGGAUGAGGUUUGGUGAGGUGGCAGUCAGUGAAGGAUGUGUGUCCCAAAUGGCACAGUGAGAAGGGAAGGGGAAGGGGAAGGGGAAGGGGAAGGGAGCUCUCAGCAGGAGGAACUGUGUCCUUCAUCUGUUGCUGGCUGAGGUACCACAGCUCUUCUGCCAAGGAAGCUGUUGGAGCACUUCAGGAUUGGAAUUGUUAAGGUUGGAAAAGACCUUUUAAAUCAUGUCCAACCACCAACCCAUCACCACCAUGUUCACCACUAAACCAUGUCCUCCAGUGCCACAUCCAUGUAUUUUGGGAACUC